CAGUCUCACAUGCCAACAAAAACAACUUGUCCAUCCUCACAAGUAUCUGAUGAUGAACAGAAACAAAAAAGAGAAAAUAUUCGUUCUUUAACUAUGUCUGGCCAUGUUGGUUUUGAGAGUUUGCCUGAUCAGCUGGUCAAUAGAUCCAUUCAGCAAGGCUUCUGUUUUAAUAUUCUCUGUGUGGGGGAAACUGGCAUUGGAAAAUCAACAUUGAUUGACACACUGUUUAAUACUAAUUUUGAAGACCAUGAAUCCUCACAUUUUUACCCACAUGUUAGACUUAAAGCUCAGACAUAUGAACUCCAUGAAAGUAAUGUUCGAUUGAAAUUGACCAUUGUGAAUACAGUAGGAUUUGGUGACCAAAUAAACAAAGAAGAAAGCUACCAACCAGUAGUUGACUACAUAGAUGCUCAGUUUGAGGCCUAUCUCCAAGAAGAGCUAAAGAUCAAGCGUUCUCUCUUUAAUUACCACGAUUCUCGCAUCCAUGUGUGCCUCUACUUCAUCUCACCUACAGGCCACUCUCUGAAGACACUGGAUCUCUUAACAAUGAAGACCCUUGACAGCAAGGUGAACAUUAUACCAGUGAUUGCCAAAGCAGAUGCAAUUUCUAAAGCUGAAUUACAGAAGUUUAAGAUCAAGCUCAUGAGUGAAUUGGUUAGCAAUGGUGUCCAGAUAUACCAAUUCCCAACAGAUGAUGAAACUAUUGCUAAAAUCAAUGCUUCAAUGAAUGGACAUUUGCCAUUUGCUGUUGUAGGAAGUAUGGAUGAGGUAAAAGUUGGAAAUAAGAUGGUCAAAGCUCGCCAAUACCCUUGGGGUGUUGUACAAGUGGAAAAUGAAAACCACUGUGACUUUGUAAAGCUCCGAGAAAUGCUAAUUUGUACAAACAUGGAGGAUCUGCGAGAACAGACCCAUACUAGGCAUUAUGAACUUUACAGGCGUUGCAAACUGGAGGAAAUGGGCUUUACAGAUGUGGGUCCAGAGAAUAAGCCGCUCAGUCUUCAAGAGACCUAUGAAGCCAAAAGACAUGAAUUUUAUGGUGAACGUCAGAGGAAGGAAGAAGAAAUGAAGCAGAUGUUUGUGCAGCGAGUAAAGGAGAAAGAAGCCAUAUUGAAAGAAGCUGAAAGAGAGCUACAGGCUAAAUUUGAGCACCUUAAAAGAGUUCACCAAGAAGAGAGAAUGAAGCUUGAAGAAAAGAGAAGACUCUUGGAAGAAGAAAUAAUCACUUUCUCAAAAAAGAAAGCUACUUCAGAGAUAUACCAGAACCAGUCCUACAUGGCAUCAGGCAGCAACCUGAAGAAGGACAAAGACCGUAAGAAGGAUCCAGGCUAUCGAUUUGAACUCCUGUGCUUUGAUGUCAGAGCUUGUGAAAUCAAUGGUGGACGUAAAGAUGCAGAGGAAGCUCCAAUUUUAUGUAAAACAAAGGUUCCAGAUCAUAGAAGGUCAUCACAAGCAAAAGUUAUUAAAAUGUUAGAAGUAUGCUCUGAUUUUCUUGCUGUUUUUAUUUUCUGUAUCACUUAUUCUAUAUCUGGCAAAUUGCCACAAAUGGCACUUAAAUGCUUUUAA